AUGAUGACCUCUGGCGCAUCAGGUCUGGCGUCGCCGGUGGGCGAGGAAGGAGAAACUGAAGCAGCGCCGACUUCGGUUGUUGUGCCGGAUGCGACCCAGGUCGCCAGGUCGCUGAGUUUGCCUGUUCGGCGACCAGGCGAGACAGGGGAGGAAGAGGGCCGGCGUUCCUUUUGUGCAGUGCACCUCGCACAAGAGGCGUCGCAGGGCUCCUCGCCACUCAGCCAAGCCCACGAAGCGCUUUCGGCCGGCGGAGGCGCCAACCAAUCGUGCAGCUUUUACCGGAAGUUCAAGAAGAAAAGUGUCAGUUUCGACAUCACCGCGUUGCUCGAAACCGAGAAACUCGAAGAGGCGAAGAAAUGCGGACGCCGAAGAGACCACGGAGCCCUGAGCCAGGCCUCCUGGCUUCCGCGGAGCGGCGCCUCUGCGCAGUCCGUGCGAAAACUCUCGGGCGUCGAACCCCCCAGUGCCGUCCCCCUGUGGGGAAGUCCUGAAACACUCUACAGCCUGAAACGAAGGACUGGCGGGACAGCUGUCUCUGGGGGCCCGGAGACAAGCGUCUCUUUUGGUCCAGACACAGGCGUGUCUCCUCUUCAAGGGACAGGUGUCUCUCUUUGUCAGGGGACAGGUGUCUCCUUUUGUCAGGAAACAGGUGUAUCUGCUGACCAGGGAACAGGUGUUUCUUUAGCUCAGGAAACAGGUGCAUCUCCUUGUCAAGCGACGAGUGCCCCUCCUUAUCAGGAGACAAGUAUCUCCGGUUACCAUGGGACGGGCGUCUCUCCUCGUGGGGGACCAGCCGGGCUGGCUUGGCGAUCUCCUCUAGGUUUCGGCGAUGCUGGGAAUUUGCCUUGUCCUGUGGCGCCGGGCCUGGGUCCCGCCGUCUCUCCGCGAGCGAGAGCGUGGCCUGUCCCACCGCCAGGCGACGCGAGUUUUGGAAAGGCGAAGAGCCCAUCGACUGCAGAGCUGGAGCCGCACCGGGAGUCGCCUUGGAAGAGCCGGAGGUCUCCGAGCCAUCGGGACGCUCGGGGGGGGGCGCUGCAUGUGCUUCGUCCUCAGGGUGGUGCAUUGCAUGCAUUGGAGCAGAUACAUGGGGCAGAUCGGGGAGUGAAGCAUGAGGGCGACGAGGGAGUCGAGGUCUCACCGGUGCUCCCUCCUCACAGAGUUCGAGAAGGAGACGCAGAAGACGGCGGCCUGUCUCGGAGCGAUACGGGUAGUGGAUGCCAACUAGAGUUUCAAGGCAGUGAGGGCGGAAGGUGGAACGAACAGGAGGCAGGAGUCUUGCCGCCUCCUGGGACCCCUAGGCGCUUUCGCAUGUCGGCGCCCACGCCUCCACCGUCGCCGUUCCAGACGGCCGAGCAGAGACAGCAGACGCCGGUCUCGCCUGUUCACCCGCGAUCUUCGUCUCACACGCAAAACCAGCGGCUGGCGGCUUCCCUGGCGUGUCUGCUGGACUCGGUUGGGGACCGUGGAGCGACUUUUUCUGGACAGCCGCGUGAAAUGCAGCUACCGCCGUGUUUGGCGCCUCAAUCUGCGGCGAGUCUCGAGGAGUCCAGCCCGCUGCAUGCAGCCGACGCACUGUGCUUCCGCAGCCCCGGGGCCCUCGCGUCGGCGUCUCCGGUCCCGUGGCACGGCACACACGGCAUCUCGUUGCAGGACGCGUAUCUCCAGAGCUUUCUGACGCGGGUGCCGUACCCGAGCACUCCGCCCCCCGGCUUCGAGGGCGUAGCCCCUCCAUCUCCUGCAUACACGCCUCUGUGUUCAAGUCCGUUUUCCCCGCCGCCGGCGCCGUCGCCCUUGCCUCUUUCGUUGUCGCGCUUCUCCGCCUCGCGUCCCUCGUCUUCGCCGUCGUGCCUCUUGUCUUCUUCCUUCCAUGCUUGCUCCACGGCGCUGCACUGUGGUGUGCAGCCGGCCGCCAGCGGUGGCGUCCCGCACUCUCCGCUGUCUCUUCCGUCUCGCCCUGUUGAGUGGUGGGACGUAGUCCCCGGCGCUCUUUCGGGCGCGAGUGGGCCCCAUUCGCCGUUUGCCGGUGGAGCCCAGAGAGCGAGUCAGGGCAACGCGAUGCUCGUGAAAUGUGCCGAGACGUUUCUUCUUCACCACACCAAAAAGCUGCGCCGGCUCCAGCUUCGACUCAACGGGCGCUCAGAGAGGCGCGGGAGUGUGGGCGAGAAGCUCGACGUCGCACCGGGCUUCUCGCACUUCGACCUUCAGCCCCAUCAAUUAUCUGCUGCUCGCAAGUUGUACGCCAUCUCGGCGCAACCUCGGCCCACAACGCUUGGGUGCGAAGCCGCGAGCCAGCAAACGGGGUUUGUCUGUCGACGGGCGUAUACAGGCCACCCGAAGAGCGAGGAUGAGUCGCAUGCGUUUCCACUCGCGCGACCGAACGGCGCCGGGACUCCGUAUACUUCUCCCCUUGAGUCGCCAAUGCUCGCGGCGGGUCUGUUGUCGCGAGUGCUUUCGCGGCAUUCAGAGCAGCCGCCAGAUCCGUCUGCGAAUUCUUCGAAUCUCACAGGGUCCUCCGUCCCCCUCGGGCGACCCUCUGGAAAAGGCGAGCUCAGAACUGUGCAGUUCCCAAGACCCCCGGCAGGCGGAUUUGUCCUCCUGCCCGGUCGCGUGCUCACCUCCGACUCCGUCGGGGUGUACAACGGCGGCUGCGACAACCGGGACCAUGACUACAUGGCGAAACAGUUUGAACACAUUCUGCCAGAUCACCUCUUCAUAAAUCCGCCUCCGAUGUACAGUUGCGCAUGCGCCGCGAGAACGCCCGACGUCCGUGUCAACGCGAAGGCCGACAGUGAGGUGCCAACUCGUCUGGGCGAGAGCGAGGCGGGCGCCGGAAAGAGGCGACAGCAGAGCGUCCCCGGAGACCCCGAGGGAGCAGCACCAGCGUGUGAUGCAGAAACGCCUAAGACACGGGCAGGACGGGAGAAAGGUGGUUGCGGUUCCGAGGGAACAGGGACGCGCCCUUUCGUAUCUCAGCAAGAGACUACACGAGAGAGUCUGCGAGGCGCCAUGCAGGACUCGACUUCGUCGGAUCCCCGGGGGCUGUGCCCCCCCUCUGGCCCCGAGCGCAAACGGCUUCGGUGUCGCCGGUGUGGAGGGUGGGUGGUGCCGCCUGUGGGGUGGCCAGUGGUGUCUCCAAGCCCUGGUGAGGGCGGCCGGGGCGAGGACCAGGCAGAAGAGAGACUCGGUCAACAGGAUGUUGAAGAGGUUUCAGUCCUUGAUACUUGCUACUACCAAGUCCUCGAACUUGUUGGCAGAGGCACGUUCGGCCACGUCUACGAGUGUCUCCAGUUCGACGGAUUCACAGGGAAACCUGUUUCAGUCGUCGCCGUGAAAGUUGUGAAGAACGACGAAGCGUACUUACGCAAUGCGUUGCAUGAAGUCUUUCUUCUCCGCAUGCUGGCGCGCGGGGGCCUCCAUGGUGCAGACUCGGCCCAGGAGGAGGGACGCUGGGCGACGUCGGAUGACGGAGGCGCCCCCUCGGGAGAAGAACCCCCUGGGACAGCCGCCGGAAACGGCGCGGCGAAGGGCGGCGAAGCGGUGCGAGACACAGAGAGACGCGUCGUCCGCCUCCUGCACCAGUUUGUCUACCGUCGCCACGUCUGCCUGGUCUUUGAAUUACUUCACUCAGAUUUGUAUCAGCUUCUCAAGAAGGGCCGCUUCCGGGGCCUGCCGCUCUUCAUCGUUCAACAGAUUGCCGUCCAGCUCGUUCAAGGUGUGUCCGAGCUUCAGCGCGUGCGCAUUGCGCACUGCGACCUAAAACCUGAGAAUGUCCUCAUUUACUCUGCGACGGUCACAGCGAAAGAGGCGACCUGGGAGGCGUCUCAAAACUCUAAACAGCGACACCGAAAACAGUCUCCCUAUCGCCAGUUGAAGGGCCAGGCCACAGCUGAGGCACAUCCCGGUCCGAGCGGAAACCAGGGAGGUGGCCCGGCUUCUUCAGACUCCGCCGCAGACGGCUGCUUGCCCAACACAUCGCCUCCGCCAGCUCCGCCAGGCCCCAAAGCCGCUGCCGUGGCUCCCGUCCAGGGACAGGCGACACUGGCCCCGCACGCAGGCGGCGCUGCGCCGGCGGGAGGCGCAAACACCGAAGGCGGGCCAGGUGGCCGAGCCGCCGAGGAUGCCGAAAAGGCGAAAAGAAUCGGCAGCGUGCAGUGUAAGGAUUCACGCUUCGAUGUUGCACUGGCAGCGAUAGUUUCGUCGAGGGAGUCCCGCGAAAGUGGGAAACAAAAGGGAGAGAAGGGACGCAGACCUGAAGAGAUUGUGGGCCAGCGUCGUCGAGGCGAUUCGAGUGGAAACGUCUUCAUCGACUCGCCGACAACGGGCUCAGGGGAGUCCCGUGAGUGGCCGCUUCUAUGCCGGUCGCACUCUUUCACUUGUUCAAGCAAGAAAGGCCUCGAAACACCCGGCCGCGAAAGGGGCCGGAGACGCUCGGUGUCGCGUCGAUCCAAGCUGGCGGCUUCCUGUCUCCGUCGUUGUUCAUCGGCUUCUGCGCAAUUCUUCAGCAGGUCCACACAACGCGAUUGCAGUCAGUGUCAGCAGAAAGCCCCCGGUCUUCUUAGCGGAAAUGCGCCGGCAGAGGCAGAGGAGCCGAGUGCACGUGGACCGUCUGGGGGCGAGAGUCGAAGUGGCCAACUCGUGAGUUGUGGGGAGCAGAGGCCGCCUGUGACCAGAGAGAAGGGAGUCGCCUGCGAGGCGGGGCCCGACGGGCCAGGUCUGCGGGAGGCCUGUCGCGGGCGAGGCGACCGGCGCCCAAGUGCUGCACAGAGACUUCGCCUGUACAUUCGAGUUGUCGAUUUCUCGUCUUCUUGUGUUCUUCCCAAGACGCCGUCCAAGCCAGAAAUCGGCGAUAUUGUGUCGCUCGUGAAGAAAAAGAACUGCAAACCGUUUGCCUCCGUCUACCCGCAGUCUCGAUUCUAUGGGGCCCCCGAGGCAUUCCUAGGGGUGCCCUACUGGGAGAAAGUGGACCUCUGGGCUGUCGGAUGCAUUCUGGCCGAGCUCUUCUUUGGACAGCCUCUUCUUCCCGGCGCCAGCGAUUACGACCAGCUCAGGCGCCUCGUCGGACUCUUCGGACUCCCGCCCACUUGGAUGCUCGAAGUGGGGACCAGGAGUCGCGCCUAUUUCGUCGCCGACGGGCGAGAAACCCCGGCGGACCGACCCCGCGAAGGGAUUCCCUCACUAAAAGUCGCGGCCGAGGCUCGAGAGGCUUCAGGACGCGAACAGGGAGCUGCCGCGGACGCAGUGUCCCGAACGAAUCGAAACGGGCAGAGCGAGGUCACAUGCACAGUGGAGAAUGGGGGCAAGGCAGGAGACGAGAAACGAGGUAAGAAAGGAGACACGCCGCCGACGCCUCUCGGCGCAUCCUGGCGGCUGAAGACAGUGGAAGAGUACGAAAAGGCCACAGGCACGACAGAGCCGGUGCCGAAGCGAUACGCAGACAUUCGGUGUCUGUCGGAUCUUUUGCGUCUUCGGCCUCUCGAACACCAUCCGAGCAAAGGGCAAGAGAACCGAACGAAUCCUCACCCGGCGCCUACAAGCAAGCAGGGAGCGACCUCGACGCACAGAUAUCCACAACCACCGGUGCUGAUUGCGAACGCCGACGGCCCGGCCGCCUCCAGUUCGUCCCGCUUGUCGUCUUCUAACGCGUCUCUCGCGGUUUCGGGGGAACCUUCAGAGGUGCCUGCUGCUCCGAUGUCAGCGCGUGAAGGCGCGUGCAGCGGUGCAACAGGAGGUGGUGCCGAAGAAAGGAGAGGCAUGGUAGAGAAGACGGAAGGAGACCGGGAAGAGAGACAACCGAAGGCUUUGCCGGACGAAGGACGAGAUGACCUCGUCGAGGCGGAGGCCAGGUGUGAGAAGUGCGACUCAUACAGCGUCGCAGUGACCUAUUUAGGAUCCGAACACAAACCAAGGCGUUCGCGAAGGGUUUCCUGUCUCACAUGCUCGACGGAAGAUUCAUCGACUUCUGCUUGCUCCGGGGCUCUCUCUGCGUUGUCCCCCGGAGAUCCUUGGGCUGCGUGGUGCUCGAGACCGUCCUCGAUGUCGCCGUUGCCGCGUCUGUCGAGCUUUGACGGGAAGCGUGGCAGACUUGUGAGGCGGCGGACUGUCUCUUCGUGGACGUGUCAGUCCGGACAGUCGCGACGCCCCUGGCGGACGAGCGCGGGCCUUCCGGGCUCCCUCCCGGCAGUGCAUCACUCACGCGUAAGAGUCUCCAGAGGGUCAGGAGACAGCGACGCUAGCCGAGAGGACUGUCGGGUGCAUUCUCCGAUCUCCUGCGCCUCGGCCUAUGUGCGGGCGCCUUCGUUCUCGCCUGACUUCGUCAACAAGCCACCGCCCCGUGCCUGCUCCUUGUCCCCUUCGUGGUCGCUGGCCCACACCCUGCGACACGGCGAGCAGAGCCGGAAGGCGGAGGGCGACUUGGCGUCUGUGGAGCCUCAGACUCUCUCGAGGAGACAGCACGGCGAGAGCGACGAGAGAAAAGGAGACGAUCAGGACACAGGAGGCGCAAAUGCAGAGCGUGCGCAAAUUUGCGAGAAGUCGGAGAAGGACCGGCGCGAAGCGUCCGAAGCGCUCGACAACAGGGCGCAAGGCGAGAGAAUGCCUCUGGGCCACGAGACAGGCGAGGAAGCUCUGCGUCAACGUUUCCUCGAAUUCCUGGAAGGCCUUCUUCAAGUGGAUCCUCUGAAGCGUUUCUCGGCAGAGGACGCCUUGGCUCAUCCGUUCAUCGCCAGUGCGUUGGAGACACCAGGGGCGGCUUCCGAGAGGCGACACGCGGGCUCCGAGUCGGCCGACGCGCAAGCGGAGCGACAGUACCGCAAGUGGCAACGAUUCCAUUUAAAGAACGUUUUGUCGCUUCUGAAUGCAGAGAGUGAGAAGCAGGAACGGCGCCUCAGAGAAGCUGAGAAAGGUCAAGGCAAGGGGCGUCCGCUGCGCUGGGAUGCCGUCGUCCGGUCACAGGUGGCCUUCCUGCGAGGCUCGCUGUGCGGGGGCGACUCGGAGAGCAAGCGCCAGGAGAAAGACGAAAAGCCGCGGGAUCACGCGUCGCCGGCGAGCGUCGAGUCGAGUCGCCAAGGUCGAGUAGAGACGCAGGAAAAAGCACAACGCAAAGGCUCCGCUUCGUCGCACUUCACCGCAGAUCUAGAGCGACCAGGGCCACAGCCGGGGUGGCCAGAGGAAGCCUGUGAGGCUCCCUUGCACGCUCGCGGCCGAGCUGAUCUACGCCCGCCAGGGUUUGCGGCGAUGGCGAGAGAUGCCGCAUCUGGGAAGGCAGAGACAUCCGUGGCGUACACGAAUGCGGAUCCGACGCAGGCCUCUUGCCGCCGGCUCGAGUGGGGAGAAGGAUUCCUACAGCCAAAGGGGCGAGACAUGGAGGGAGCGAGUCCGCAUAUGAGUUUCACGAGGGAUAAAGACGGGGGGUUUUCGAGUGCGAUUACGUCGUCCUUCUGCUUCUCGUCUUCUCCGUACCUAUACCCGCGACAACCUGGAUACGAAGAAGGCGGAAAUCCGAGUCCGACCGAUUCGUUCACUGGCUUGCCGUCCCUCGACACGCGCUUUAGCUCUUCCGUAUACCCCUCGGCGCGCUCGUCCUUAGCCUCCGUGUCGUCCUUGCCCUUCCUCUCCUCCCUGCCGCCGUCGACCUCGUCCCCCGCUUUCAACGCUCACGCCUACCGGGGCAGCGACGCCUCGUCCCUGGCGCACGCAGAUCUCUCGUGGCCGGAGUCGGACAAGGAAACCGAGGCCCUCAUCAAGCGGGUCGUCGAGUUCCACGGGCGCCGUGUGGCCUUCGAGGGACAGGAUAUGGAACGUAGGUGCAAAGACGAAGAACAAACUCUCUGGAUGCAGCAGCAGCAGCAGCAGCAGAAGCGUCUGCUCCAGGGUGAGGAUUCCCGUUCGCCUUUUCCCCAGGUCCCCACUGGUCAACAAAUCUACAUGAAACACUCGGGACUGUAUACCCCGCCGCCCUCGCCCGUCCAUGUCGCGGCCCCUGUCGUCUGCAUGCGUCACAUCGACCGAGAAGUCUCAAAAUCCGUUUCUCACGAGCGACGAAGGAUCAACGACUAACACAGGUAAAAGGAGACGAGAUGUGAGGGCAUGCAGUAUUGUCAUGGUGUGAAAAACAAACAGUAAGGAGAGACGUCAAGAGAAACGCCCACAGAGAGGCACGAACACAAGAGAGGUAGGAGACCAAGAAAUCACGACCCGAGGAGACUGCAGUCGUGUGAUUCUGAAAACAGAAAGGGAAGGAAGAGAGAGAGAACUCGAUGGCGGCUGUGGUGUUGCGCUGCGGUUGGAGUAGUCAGCAAGCGAAAGUCCGGUAAAGCAAGACAUUCGAGCUCUUAAGCGUCUUGCAAGAGACUCCAGAGGCCCACAAAGGACGAGCGACGCAGCAGAGAGGCACAGAACACUGCGGUGGACCGAAACUGGUUUGCCUCAGUGCGCCUCCGAUGUCGGAGAGGAGGAACAAUUCAUUCUGCUCCCAAAGGCCGUAGACACGCUGGCGAAGAAAAAGGGGGGUUCUGAAUGAGGCUCAACAGGGUGCAGAGGCCUUCGUGGACGAGGCAGUUGAAAUGUGGUUUUCAUCGUGCUCCGGUUUCUCCCCGCAAGGAAGGAGAGAGAAGCGGAGCCUUAUGGAGAUCGUGAGGUGAACGCGAGAGGUGCAGGGAACCCGAUGCUGCGCGAGAGCUGAGAAAAGCGUUCGAGGUCGAGUCGUGUUUCCGCUUUCGGGUGGCAGGUUUCUUCCUAGCGCAUGAAGUUGUGCGGUUGAUGCGCGUGGUGGCUGUGAAAUCUGUUUCUCAAGUGCGAUGGCGCUGCAUGCACGUGAGCACGCCUUUUUUGCAGAAGACUUCUGCGUGGAGAUGCUUGGUUGGGGUUCGUAUGCUACGGCGUUUUGUGCUUCUUUGUGGAAGCUUUUAUUGAGGGUCACGUUUCCAAACUAAGCCGAGAAGAAAGGCUGUGCCGGGCACUCCCUGCUACACAGUGAAAGGGGAACCCUAUGUUUAUGAAAGCUUUGUCUGGGGAGUGAAUGUUAAGUGUGUCUGGGUGUGCGCCCUUUGCGUGUUGUUCUGUAGUGCGAUUCGUAAACAUAAGGUCCUGUUCAGUGUGUGGUGUAGAAAUGGUCUCCGUUGUAUCGCGGUCAACGCGCCUCCCAGGAUCUUAUGUGUCUUGUUGUUUGCCGUCGCGCGGCAGGUUCCCUCGUUAAUACUGGGGAGGCAUGGACAAACGUGUUUUAUCCCCAAAAAACAUGUUCCAGUGGUGCCCUCCCCUCAGUUCAAGUGAUGCUACACGCGUAACCCGUAAGCGAGGCUCGGGGCCGAUCACGACAUCUCAUCUCCGAAGUCUCCCCACUUUCUUCUCCCUUAGUUAUGCCCUUUCCGAGCAAAUCGAGAAACUCUUUCUCCUUCGGCAACGCGACAUCCCGUCGCCUUCUUCCCCGUAUCGCAAGACGGAAAAAAUGUGGCGCACUAGGGGAAAGGGCACCUGUGUUGAAAGCCGGAAAAAACACGGCGCGCAACUCCUGAUUGGGUUUUCCUCCCUUCUGUCGCGUGCCAGAGGGCAGAGAAGCUGUCCCUUCCUCUCUUGCACUUCUAGCAUCCGUCUCACAUUUACACACUAAAAGAACUAGAGUUAAUCCGACGGCGAAAACGGCCCCGGAGUCUACGCAACAGCGUGUCCGCUUCCCUCGAAAACCCCCUGGCAGAUGUGCGUCGUUUACACCAAGUGUAAAUAAAAGUCGUGUCGCGCCGGAGCUUGGCUUGAAAGGGAAAUCAACUACGAGCCCCGGAGAAAGGAGAACACGGACGAGGCGAAAGGACGGAGGUCCUGGGAACGGGAAAUUUUGAAA